AAACCACAUGUCAAUGUAGAUGCUACUUUAUUUAUUUUUUAUUUUAGGUACAAAUGCUACUUUAUUUUAUUACCCUCCAAAAACAUCUUAAAAAUAUUUAUAUAUACAAUGAGAUGUGAUUGUACAUAAAUAUUUAAAAUCAUUUUAUAUUGUCUCAUUAAACUCAUAAACUAAGUAAAUAUAUGUUACAAUUACAAUAUCUUCAUAUAUAUUAUAAUAACCUCUCUCUCUUUCUAUCCCUCUCUCUCUCACAGACACAAAAAAUCAUUCAUACUCUCUCUCAAACAUAUACAAACACAUUGCUCCUCCAGCUUUUCCUUUGCCUCCUUCCUUCCUUCACAGCCUGUCAAUCCUAAAUUAUUAACUCAACAACAUGAUCAUUAAUCAAGUUUUAUAAAAAAAUAAUCUUGCUUUGUUGUUAAUUAUGUUUCAAAGCAAAAGCUUUAAACUUUGAAUUGCCAAGUGUCUUCAUGCUGUCUAUGACCUUUCUUCAAAUUCUUCAUUACUACUUGGAUUCAUCCGUCCUUUAAUUUAUUUUUUCCAACCAUGUUUCAAGCUAAACCAUAAUCAUAAUUAAUCAUCCACUUGUUUGUAUUAGUAUUUGUUUAAAAAUACUAAACUUUAUGGAUAAAAAUGUUGGCAUGAAGGAAGAGCAAUAUCUUCAAUGAACUUCCUCACACUAAGCUUCAAUUUUGCUACUUCUUACAUAAGGAAUGGGAACAAAAAUUGAAUAUUCAAUAAAUCCUCUAGACUGCAACAACUUCACUGUGAGUGGUGUUGAUGCCUGGGAGCAAUAUCAGAACAAAGGAGUGAAAAAAGUGAUUAAUAAUCAUUGUAGUAUUGGAGUUAUGAAUUUGCAAGAUCCAAUGGAUAAGAUUCUAGACAGAAACAACAGAGAAUCCAUCAGAAAGACAAUGCAGAUGCAAGAAGACAUCUUCAAGAGCCAGGUAAAGGAAUUACAUAGAAUAUACAAUGUGCAAAAAAUGCUAAUGGAUGAGCAUAAAAAUGAAACCAAGCAAAAUAAAUUUUGGACCCCUAUGAAUGGUACCAUAGGUAUAAACCAACCUUAUUUUGUUCACCAAAAUCAACAACCAACACAAAUUUCAUUUAGCCAUGUCCAAAUUUUGAAAGAGGAUAUAUACAUAAAAGAAAGAAGUGGAAGUUGUUCAGGAGAAAUAAUCAAAAAAAGGCAAAAAGAUUUGGAUCUUGAAAAGCCUUGUGAUGAAGCAUUUCAAAGUUGUAAAAUAAGCAAUGAUGUUUGUGAUGAAGAAAUUGAAGUGGAUUUGACUUUAUGUAUAGGAAGCAACCAAACAAAGAAUAAGAAGAAAAAAUCUUAUAUGCUUCCAAAUGGAAUGAAAACUAAGGAGUUUAAUUCUUAUGUUACUUUUCAAUCAGAUAGAAUUGGAGAUAGUAGUGACCCUACAACACCAAUGAGCAGCUCUAGUGUUACAUUUGAUCAAGAUAAAAAGGGGCCACAUUGGCUUUCUCAAGGUUUAAAGCUUAAUUAAUUAGGAGUUUAAUUAACUUGUUUAAUUGUAUUAUUGUUCCUCUUUACUAAAACAUGGACCACUUGAAUUUAUAUGGUUCAUGUGAUGUCAUCAUAUUCCUAGAUGAGUUUUUACUUUAUUCCAAUAAAAUGGAUAACUUAAUAUAUAGUUUUAUAUAUCUUAGUGUGUCACUUUCUGUAUAUAGAUAAGAGUUAGUGUAUGAAGUGAUUCUUAA